CCACACUCCAACCUCCACCAGCCUGCUGCGAACCGGACACCAGCAGAAUGACCUCACGUCCUUCAAAGCGGAGAAGGGUCACGCCGCCCCGGGAAGACGGACAAGACCCUGGAAACACCGACGCCAAGACUCAACAGGCCUUCUUCAAGAGCGCAGCCAAUUGGAACCUCGAACAGGACUACGAAUCGCGAACGCGGAAGAGCAAGAAGAAGGAAGCCAAGAAGAACAGCAGUGUGGCUGGGGGCAGGCUUCCCGUCAAGACAGCCCAGGGAACAUGGCAGGUUCAAGAUGACGGUAAUUCGAUAGCUAGCGAUGCCGAGUGGCUGGAGAGCGAAGGAGACGAAGGUGGCAUCGAUGAGGAGCCCGAGACUGUAGCUCCGGAGGAGCCAAAGAUCCCGGAGCGCGAGCAGAUUCGAAGAGCCCAGGAGGAACUCGCCAAGAUUGCGACGCGAUUGAACGAAGAACCUGAGGAGCAUCCUGAAGCGUUCAAGGCUUUGGCUCGCAUUGGAGAAUCGCCAGUUCCGGCCAUCCAAAAGCUCUGCAUUGUUACUCAAAUGACCGUGUACAAGGAUGUCAUCCCUGGAUAUAGGAUACGGCCCGCAUCUGAGGACAUGGCCGGGGAGAAGCUUUCGAAAGAUGUCCGGCGGCUCCGAACAUACGAACAGGCCUUGGUAUCCGGAUACCAUGGCUACAUUAAGACUCUGGCAAAGCACGCAUCUUCGCCGGCAACCGAGGAUCGGAAAGGAGGACCAUCCCUCUCCACCAUUGCUUUCACCUGCGCCUGCACGCUGGUCAAUGCGGUGCCGCACUUCAACUUCAGGGGCGACCUUCUGCGAAUUCUCGUGAGGAAAUUGAGUGGGCGCAAGCUGGACGAUAAUUUCCUCAAGUGCCGGCAAGCUUUGGAGACGCUGUUUCAGGAGGAUGAAGAGGGCAAUGCUUCCAUGGAAGCAGUGUCUCUGGUCACGAAGAUGAUGAAGGCUCGCGAGUACCGCGUUGACGAGAGCGUCCUGAACAUGUUCUUGCAUCUUCGGUUGUUGUCCGAGUUUGUUGGUAAGGCUUCGCAGGACAAGGUUAGCCGUCCCGGCGAUCAGCCAAAUGGCAAGAAGGCGAAAGCAAAGAAGGAAUUUCGAACAAAGCGGGAGCGAAAGUUGCUCAAGCAACAGAAGGAGGCCGACAAAGUGAUGGCUCAAGCCGACGCCACCGUCAGCUAUGAGGAGAGGGAAAAGAUGCAGUCAGAAACGCUGAAGAUGGUGUUUGCCACCUACUUCCGCAUCCUGAAGGUCCGCACUCCACACCUUAUGGGUGCUGUGCUUGAAGGUCUCGCCAAAUAUGCGCAUCUGAUCAACCAAGACUUCUUCGGCGACCUUCUUGAGGCCCUCAAGGAUCUCAUUCGCCACAGCGAGAACACUGAGUCUGAGGUCAAUGGAGAGGCCAACGGUGACGAGGAGGACGACGAGCUCUCCGUCGUCCGCGACUCUAGCAGAGAAGCUCUCCUUUGCACCGUCACCGCCUUUGCCCUGCUCCAAGGACAGGACGCCCACAACGCCCGCUCCGACCUGCACCUCGACCUCUCCUUCUUCAUCACCAACCUCUACCGCAGCCUGCUCAGCCUCUCGGUCAACCCGGACUUAGAACUUGGUGCCAAAUCUCUCCACUUGGCCGAUCCAAACGACACGUCUUCGGGCAAACCCACCAGCCGCAGGGUCAACAAAAUCAAUCUCCAAACCACCACGGUGCUCCUCAUGCGCUGCCUCAGCGGCGUGCUUCUCCCGCCCUGGAAUAUCCGCUCGGUGCCGCCCCUCCGGCUCGCGGCCUUCACCAAGCAGCUGAUGGCGGUCGCACUCCAGAUGCCCGAGAAGUCGUGCCAGGCGUUGCUGGGUUUGCUGCACGACGUGAUCCACACGCACAAGCGGAAGGUUAUCGCGCUGUGGAAUACCGAGGAACGCAAGGGUGACGGGACAUUCAAGCCCCUGGCCGAGACGAUCGAGGCAACCAACCCGUUCACGACGACGGUGUGGGAGGGGGAGCUGCUGAGGAAGCAUUACUGUCCCAAGGUCAGGGAGGAGUUGAAGGCUAUGGAGAAGGAACUGAGGAGUAUCUAGUUGUUGUGUGCGGAUGAUGGGUGACGAGUUGAAAGUCGACCGUCCACGCUCAAGUUAGCUCAGUUGAUUCGAAUAUGUGUUCAUAUAUAUUUGAGCGAAUGUAGUUGACUAUCCUCGAAGACUGAUUUCAGUCAUUGAGUGGGGAACUAUCUGCUGGCCACCCACCCUGAGAGGUUGCUGAUCCUCGGUCAACAAGCG